AUGACAGCAGAGCUUCAGUGGCGUCGACGAUGGAAGCCAGACUUGAAAUCUUCCCCGUGGAAACCUUUAGAGCAAGUAGAUAUACAAGAUGCUAGAGAUACUUCGCAGAAAUACUUGAUGAAAACCAAGUUUGACGACCGUUCGUGUGAAUUGUUGGUCACAGAUCUCUCACACUUUUGGUAUGAGAAACUUACAGAGGAUGCCUUGAAGAAGCGAGUUGCAAAACAGAAUCCAAGCAUCGAGGCACCUCUACCAAAAAUACUUGAUCACAUACAGAGCAGUCUACAAAAGCCUGGAAAAGAAACGCAGCUUUCUCUGACUCACCAAAAUGAUAGAAUUAUUUUGAAGGUCAACUCUUUGUUGGCUGGCAUGCCCUUUCACUUUAGCUUCCAGGCUGAACUUGCUGACCAAGAAAUGGGUCGGGAACAUUUAACAAUCCCUCUGAUGGCAAUGGUUGGGGAGUUGUACAGACAGCAGCAGGAGCUCUUUCGCUUGCUUGCCUUGAAGGACAAACAGAUUGAUGAUUAUAAAUCCCAGGGAGCAACAGUUUCCAGAAAGUACUUAGAAACAGCUCCUUUUGAUGAAGUUGCAUUUCAUAAUAGCAUGGCGACUUCAAAGGGCUUCGAGGAAGAAGUAAAAACAUUUGGUGAAAAGGCUUUCACUUCCUUGGGGCAAGAUUUAUACCGAGAAAUCUCCACUAAAAGAGCAUGGCUUCUGAGCUCUCCUGUUAAAGAUGGAGAUGUUGAAGUCGAUGAAACCUCCGAAAGUGUUGGAGCCCCUGGGGGUCCCAGCGUGGAAUCUUGGUCAAAUCGACUGCCCACAUCCUUAGUUCAGAGAAACACUUCUCCAAAUAAACAGCCAUCAUCCAGUAAUAGUUCCCCGGCAAAAAGUCCAGCGUCAUCAAAAGGAUCAAGUACAGAAGAAACACCUACAAAG